CCUUGGCACGGCAUCAGUAAAGAAAAAAAAAAAAAAAAAUUUGAUAGUUGAGACUUUUGACACAAAUUAAUCACGGCAGAGGGAAUUUGAGACUAAGCACAGCAGUAAGCAGAAGCAGAAGCGUCUGCCGCAAGACAAUGGGUGUCCACGGUCUCUGGGAACUACUCGCCCCCGUCGGCCGCCGCGUCUCCGUCGAGACCCUCGCCGGAAAAACCCUUGCAGUCGAUGCGAGCAUAUGGAUGGUGCAAUUUAUGAAGGCGAUGCGCGAUGAGAAGGGCGAAAUGGUUCGAAACGCUCACUUGCUGGGCUUCUUUCGUCGAAUUUGCAAGCUCUUGUUCCUCAGGACAAAGCCAGUGUUUGUCUUCGACGGCGGAACCCCCGCCCUAAAGCGCCGCACCGUCAUCGCCCGCCGCAGGCAGCGUGAGAACGCCCAGGCCAAAGUCCGCAAGACUGCAGAGAAAUUACUUCUCAAUCACUUAAAGGCAUUGAGGUUGAAAGAAGUUGCUGAUGACAUUAAGAACCAGAGGCUGCAGCAGAAGAGUGAUGCCAAGGGAUGCAAAAAACCUGAUCGGAUGGACUUUGUCGAUAGUGAUCCAGGAAAAAGUAACAUGAAAGAGAUAAAUGAAAUGUCUUCAGCUAAACUUGCAGCUACAGAGGCAGGAAAUUUCUUGCAAGAAGUUGUGUCAAGAAGUCGCAACCAGGAGGAACUUGAUGAAAUGUUGGCAGCAUCUAUAUCUGCAGAGGAGAAUGGAAUGCUAGCCGGGAAAGAAGUGCCAUCUACUGUACCUAAUACUUCAGAGGAGAAAUUUGACACAGAUGGAGAAAUGAUACUGCCUUGUGACAAUGAAGUAGAUUUAGCUGUUUUAGCUGCUUUACCAGAGUCAAUGCAACUUGAUAUUCUUGCACAGCUUAAAGGAAAGAAAACAAAAGCACCAGUGGAAGAUGAACUGCAGAACCAAUGUGAGGUCAAUGAUAGGGGCAAGGGUAAGGGGAUUCUGUUCAGAGAAAGUGACUUGGGUGGUUGUAGCUCAAAAUGUGACAAUGUGAUAUCAACAAAUGACAAUCAAGACAAAAUUGAUGAAAUGUUAGCAGCCUCUGUUGCUGCGGAGGGAAUUGCAAAGUCUAUGAGUAAUGCAUCAACUUUUUUUGGGGCUUCAGCCAUUGAGGAAGAGGAUGGUGACUAUGAUGAAGAUGAAGAGAUGAUACUGCCUGCAAUGCAUGGUGGAGUUGAUCCAGCUGUUCUGGCCUCUUUACCUCCAUCAAUGCAACUGGAUCUCCUAGUUCAGAUAAGAGAGCGAUUAAUUGCAGAGAAUCGACAAAAGUAUCAAAAAGUAAAGAAGGAUCCUGCAAAAUUUUCUGAGCUACAAAUAGAAGCUUACCUUAAAACAGUUGCUUUUCGACGAGAGAUAGACGAAGUGCAAAAAGCUGCUGCUGGAAGAGGAGUAGGGGGUAUCCAAACUUCACGGAUUGCAUCUGAAGCCAACAGGGAGUACAUAUUCUCAUCAUCUUUUACUGGUGACAAACAAGAACUUGCAUCAAGCAGAUCAGAGAAAAAUGAUGAUGCUCAUCGAAAGGCUCAAGGAACACAUCCUGUGGAGAACCUUGCUAAUAUUAUUGCAUCAGCUGGUUCUAAUACUACAAGUGGAUUGGUUUGCAAUGAACCUAGUGAAUCUGUUGAUGAAAGAAUUCAGACCUUCCUAGAUGAGAGGGGUCAAUUUCGAGUUAGCAGAUCAAGAGCUAUGGGGAUGCGUAUGACCCGAGAUUUGCAAAGAAAUUUGGACUUGAUGAAGGAGAUUGAGCUGGAAAGAACACACAUCAACAAGGCUUCAAAUAUUGAUGCAAUUUUGAGUGCAGAGAAUAAUGGUCCAUCAAAAAGUUCUGGGACCAAUUCUGUUGGUAAAUUAAAAACUAUGAAUGUUGAUCUAGUUGGUGAGUGUGUGCAAAAUGAGCAAGUGCAAAAUGAGCAAUCUGUCUUUGACAAGGAUACUUCUAUAGAGGUAUCCUUUGAAUAUGAUAGCAAGAAUGCACUCAUUGAUGCUGAAGAUGAAAUAUUUGCUAAUUUAGUAGGAGGAAAUUCAGGGACAGUAUUUCAUGCUGAUGGUAUUCCAGCAAAAGAACAACCUUCUAAUUCAGAUUCAGAUUGUGACUGGGAAGAAGGAAUUGUUGAAGGGAAGAGUACCUUCAUUCCUGGAAAUAAUAAAGUGGAAUGGAAUUCUUCUGUUGCUGAAGGGGAUAAUAAUGAUGAGAGUGAAGUAGAAUGGGAGGAAGGAGAUUGUGAUGGUGAUAAAAGUACCAUAUGUUGCCCAUCUGAGUCUGGGAAAAAGCCAACUCGAGGUCAAUUGGAGGAGGAGUCUAAUUUGCAGGAAGCAAUUAGGAGAAGUCUUGAGACUAUAGGAGAUGGAGAGCUUAAGCACCUAUCAUCUGUAGAUGAGCAUUCAAAUGCUGAUGAGAAAAAAUUGGAUUAUGGAUUAACCCAUGGUGAUUAUUUGGAUGUUUCUGGUGCAAUGAAUUUAAAUGGUGAAGAUGCAUUUGUGAAGAUAAAAAAUAGUAUGGCUGUUUCAUCUUCUCCUAGGGAAGAUGGUUCUAAACAAAAUAUAUUUCAUGGAAAUGUGGAUGGCGAUGGUUAUGUCAACUCCCAAACUUCUGAUUUUCCUAGGGUUGCAAAUAUGAUGAAGGACAAUGACCAUAUGGCUGCAGAACAAUUGUUGGAUAAACAUUGUGAUGAUACUAAGAUGUCUUCCGAUGGCAAAAAUGUUUCCAAGGAUAAUCCACUUGGUUCCACUGAAUCAUCCUUGAAGGGAUCAACAGAAAAUGUUGAUAUUGGGCCAAAGUUAGCUGCAGUGGACAAUGAUGGAAGUUUCAGAGGAGAAAGAAAUAUUGAUCUUGUGAAAAAUGCAGUUAACACCUCAGGAGAUUUUCCAGCACAUGUAGAUGAGGUUAGAUUGGAGGAGGAAAUGCGAAUACUUGGUCAAGAAUAUAUAAACCUUGAAAAUGAGCAGAAGAAACUUGAAAGAAAUGCAGAAUCUGUGAACAGUGAAUUGUUCACAGAAUGUCAGGAAUUACUGCAAAUGUUUGGAUUGCCAUAUAUUAUUGCCCCAAUGGAAGCUGAGGCACAGUGUGCUUUCUUGGAAACUACAAAACUGGUUGAUGGUGUUAUAACUGAUGAUUCUGAUGUCCUUCUAUUUGGAGCUCGUAAUGUUUACAAGAAUAUAUUUGAUGACCGCAAAUAUGUAGAGACAUACUUCAUGGAGGACAUUGAGAAGGAACUUGGAUUGAGCAGGGAAAAAUUAGUACGCAUGGCACUACUACUUGGGAGUGAUUAUACUGAAGGUGUAAGUGGCAUUGGGAUUGUCAAUGCUAUUGAGGUUGUGAAUGCGUUCCCUGAGAAAGAUGGCUUCUUGAAAUUCCGCCAGUGGGUUGAGUCACCAGAUCCCACCAUUCUUGGAUGGUUGAAUACAAAAGGUGGAUCAAAUACAAGAAAGAAAGGAUCAAAAGAGCCUUCGUCGGAUCAAAUUAAUAGUCAUAUUAAGGAACAAGAGGAUUCGCUGGAUUAUGACCAAGAAAUCAAGCAAACAUUUUUUGAGAAACAUAGAAAUGUUAGCAAGAAUUGGCAUAUUCCAUCUUCUUUUCCAAGUGAAACAGUUAUAUCUGCUUAUUAUUCUCCACAAGUUGACAAGUCAACCGAGCCUUUCACCUGGGGAAAGCCAGAUCAUCUUGUUCUUCGAAAAUUGUGCUGGGAGAAAUUUGGGUGGACUAGCCAGAAAGCAGAUGAAUUACUAUUACCUGUUUUAAAGGAAUACUCAACUGCGUUUGGAAGCGUUUUAUAGUUUCAAUGAACGAUUUGCAAAAAUUCGAAGCAAGAGAAUUAAGAAAGCUGUAAAAGGGAUUACUGGUAAGCAGCCUUCAGAAUUGAAAGAUGAUUUCAACAGUGGCAAGAGUAGGAGAGGAAAUCAUCUAGAAUCUGAGGACAAAAAUUUUGAGAAUCUAAAGGGGACAAAGGAAAGUCUUGAAAGUUUGAAGAAACCUAAAGUGAAACAAUCAAGGAAAAGGAAGAAUGACGGGGACACUCUUGGGAAGGCAAUGUCAAAGAGAAAGACAAUCACUGAUGGUCCUUCAGCUUCUGCUAUGUCUGCAGUGGAGAAUAUACAGCCAGGUACUGAGUCUGAAAAAGACCAAAGUGAUAGUAAUCCAUUGAUUUCAAAUAGAAGUGGGAGGGGCAGAGGAAGAGGCAGAAGUUUGGCAGUAAAACAUGGAAGGAAAAAGGAAAGUCUCAUUUAUCAAUCAUCUGAAACAUCAUCUUCUAGUAGCGACACUGAUGAUCAUGUUGAUAUGUCAAAAGUUCCUCAAGAGGUUCGAAGGUCCUCACGUUCCAGAAAACCUGUCAGUUAUUCACUUGAGAACCUAGAAGAUGAAGAACUCAAUGAGUCAUUUGAUACGAGGAAUCAAUCAUCCUUGUGUGAAGAUCCAUUAGAAGAAAAUUUAUCUGAUAUUCCUGGUGCAUGUGGGGAUUCUGCAACUGGUUUAAGCAGAGGUAAAGAGAGUGAUAUGAUAAGUAGUGCUCCAACCAGGAACUUCCCUAGAGACGAUCUUGGGUGGGAAGGUCAAAUUUUCACAGAUGCUGAUGAAACUACUCAUCCAGAUCCAGGAAUUGGUGAUGGUGAUAUUACUGUUAAUGCUGACUCUUGUGAUGACUACCUUAAACUAGGAGGUGGUUUUUGUUUAGAUGAUAGUGAUGAACCUAGCAAUCAGAAUGCAGUUGAUGGUGUCAAUACUGCUGAUACUGAAGGAUUUCUGCACUGUUCUGUUAUGAUGGAUGAGACUGACCAUCAUAAAAAUGGUUCUGAGAUAUUAUUUUCUGGCACCGAUAAAGCUCCCAGCGAGAUGCAAGAGGGACGCAAUGCCUACAAUGUUGACAACGAGCCAAAUGAUAACCUUCCAAAUGUUAGUGCCAAUGAUCAAAAUGAAAUGGGGGUCUCUGUACCUGAGAAUGUUAAUCAUAAUAAUGGAAACUACAAUGGGGCAUUUAGUGCAAUGCCAUUUUUGAGGAAAAGAAGGAAGAAGUAGAAUCUUUCUAGCUUUGAAUGUCGUAGGUUUUUGUGAAUAUUUCUAGAUUACUGACUAUACUAAAUUUUACCCUCCAAGUUGUUCCUUAUAAAUUAUUUAUGUUCUAUUUUACUUGCUGGGGGAAGAGUUCUUGAAAACGCUGGCUUCAUAUCUCAUGCCUCUUAUGUUAUGCUGAAAGUUAUUGCUAUUUAAUUUAUGUCAUCAUCGCCAGAGAAAGGGCAGUGCUUUA